UUAUCAGUCUGUGGCAUAUCUAAACUAAACACCAGGAUAGUAGGAGGACAGGAUGCUGUUCCUGGGUCUUGGCCUUGGCAAGUCAGUCUACAAGUGUUUGGAAGACAUUUCUGUGGUGGAUCCCUCAUUAGUAAUGGCUGGGUCCUCUCGGCAGCUCACUGCUUUAAAAGUUACACAUAUAAUCAAGUGACAGUAAAACUGGGACUGUAUUCCCUGGCUGAAAGCAAUCCUAACAGUGUCUUAACAUCCCUCGCUGCAGUCUUUGUACAUCCGGACUACAACAGUCUAACAGCGGACAACGACCUGUCUUUACUGCAGCUAUCUUCUAAUGUAUCAUUCAGUAAUUAUAUCACUCCUGUCUGCCUGGCUGCAACAGGGAGCACUUUUAACAAUGGCACCCUGACAUGGAUUACUGGCUGGGGAAACAUCCGUGUUGGAGUCAGUCUACCAUCUCCUGGGCAAUUACAGGAAGUGCAAGUUCCAAUUAUUGGAAACAGGAUAUGUAACUGUUUAAAUGGCGUUGGAACUAUUAACAAUAAUAUGUUGUGUGCUGGGCUUUUGCAAGGGGGCAAGGACUCAUGUCAGGGUGACUCUGGAGGUCCACUGGUCAUCAAACAAGACUCUCAGUGGAUCCAGGCUGGGAUUGUAAGCUUUGGUGAGGGCUGCGCUCUCCCAAAUUCUCCUGGUGUGUAUACGAGAGUUUCUCAAUAUCAGAAUUGGAUCAAUCAAACUAUCACCGCAAACCAGCCAGGCUUCGUUAAAUAUACAACCAGUGGCACUGAUAGUGAUCUGCAGGUGAACUGUAGUGACUUUCAAAAUGUUCCCCCAACUACUGCAACACGUGUGGUAUGUGGAAGUGCCAAGCUCAAUACUCUUUCAGGAACAGGCAGCCCCUUGGCAUCAGCUGGUACAUGGCCAUGGAUGGCCAGCCUGCAGCUUAACGGUUCUCACGUUUGUGGUGGAACACUGAUAGCCCAGAAGUUUGUCAUGAGCUCAGCUGAUUGCUUUUCUAGCUCAAACAAUCCCUCUGACUGGUCCGUAAAACUGGGUCGGCUCAAUCAGAUCGGCUCCAAUCCCAACGAGGUCACUGUUGCUGUGGCUGAUAUCACAUUCAGCACAAGUGGCAGCAAUAACAUAGCAGUGCUGAAGUUGUCUACCACUCCUACUCUUUCCGACUUCAUCCAGCCCAUAUGUGUAAACCUGGGGACUACCAGCUACAAUAUUGGUUCUCAAUGCUGGGCAGCUGGCUGGGGCUCAGGAGGAGGAGCUCAACAAACACUACAGCAGUUCAACACCUCUAUAGUGGACUGUGGAAAUGCGGCUUCAUCAAGCAGCAUCUGCAUAAAAGCCAUACCAUUAGAACAGCUUCUCAGCUUUCUUAAUGUCUACAGUGGGUUCUUUCCCUCUUCCUGCAACAUCCAGCAGCACAUCUUCAUCUUCCUCAUCUCCAUCUUCUGGCAAAGAAGUUUUGUCAUCCCUCUCAUUUGCCUCAGUCCUUCUAAUGUCCCUUCUAAUUCUCAUCCAAACCUUGGAGUUAAAAUAAAGACUCCUAAUGAGCCAAUAUAA